AUGAAUGGUGAUUCUCUGCCAGAGAAGGCCUUGUUGCCUCGAGAAUUCGUUCCCGACGAAUUUGAGAAAUUCAUUUGCCACCACUGCGGCAUGGUCAACGACGAUGUCCAAAUAUUCCCCAAAGAGCCGGAGACCUCUGUUGCGAGGGACAAAGGUCCUAAGCGCAAGUCUCCGGACAGACAUGAGCCGGCCAGACAUAGAGUAAUGUCAACUCUAGCACUGUACAGAGAGAUUAUCCGGGAGCUUUUUUUGGAAAAAACAAAAGCGGAUAAAGAGAGCAUCUUCAUCAGAAGGAUAGACCUUUAUGCUGCGAGAGAAGUCAAGAAACGAGUUGGAUAUGUCCACGGCACAGCUCAAUUUAUCGGAGAAGUUCCAGGAGUGGAAGUGGGAGACCAGUUCCGAUACAGGAUGGAAUUAGUCGUUGUUGGACUCCAUCGCCCUCCACAGGGCGGCAUCGAUUACAUGGGAUCUCACCAGGACGUCCUAGCCACAAGCAUUGUCGCUUCCUGGGAUUAUACGGAUGAUUUGACAAAUCCAGGCGAGCUGGUUUAUUUGGGCCAAGGUGGAACGCUUAGUUACGACAAGAGGGCCGAAGAUCAAAGUCUUACUCGGGGGAAUUUAGCCCUAGUGAACAGCAUGAAGAGAAACCAGCCGGUGAGAGUGAUCCGUAAAGAUAUGGGUCACACCUUCACGUACGAUGGGCUGUAUGUGGUAGACAGGUAUCGAAAGAUACCCGGAGCUAGUGGAAAGAUGAUUUUUGAGUUUGUAUUGAAGAGACUACCAAGCCAACUCGAGAUGCUCCAGCAUAAGAGGAUGAAAGUAGUCGAGUCGUCGGGAUAG